AUGUCGACAGGGCUAUGACACAUUAUACAGCUCAUUAAACCUUUAAACAGAAGAUUUUUUGUGUGUUUUUUAACCCUUUUAACUGUACCGGUCAAUUAUCUAGGAUUAGGUCGCGUUUUUUUUAUUCAUAACACGCCACAAACCAGACUUUUUCCUCCUUUAAAACCAAGUGGAGGCUGAUCAGUGUGGAUCCAUGCAGACUCGGUCUGGAUAGCAUUCUCAAGAUCACAGCUGUAGGCCAUUUACUGAUGGGUGCAUAUUGUGAGGCGACACACCAAGAAAACUGCAAAUCAUCCAUACGAGACAAGAACCGUGAAAGAAUGAAGACAAGCUAGAUAUUGUUUUCUUUCCGAAGAGCGGCUGACAAAAAAAAAAGACGUUGUUGUGUCGUGUCGAAAGUGUACACAUACAACUAUUUCCAAACUAGCAAAUGUGUACCUGGACUAAACACAUACUCAGAAAAACCUGAAAAGUAACUUUGCUGGUUGAACCGCCAUCAAAGCCCCAGCAGUUCAUCUUCAAAAGUGACACAAAAAAAGUGAUCACUAUGAGUGCCGAAGGAUAUCAAUACAGGGCGCUUUAUGACUACAAGAAGGAGAGGGAGGAGGACAUUGAUCUGCGUGUGGGGGAUAUACUGUUGGUAAGCAAAGGGGCUCUUGUGGCUCUCGGGUACACCGAUGGGCUGGAACAGAGGCCGGAUGAGAUUGGCUGGCUGCCCGGCUUCAAUGAAACCACUCAGGAAAAAGGGGACUUCCCUGGGACGUAUGUCGAGUUCAUCGGGAAGAAAUGGAUCUCUCCCCCCACGCCAAAGCCCAGGCCCCUCAGACCCUUACCUGUAGCUCCAAGUGGCUACAAGGCGGAGACGGACUCGGACUCAGAGCAAGGCUUCUGUCUGCUGGACUUGACGGAGCAGUUUUCCCUUCCAGAGACUUCUCCGCCCAUGUUGGCCAGACUGGUGGAGGCCGUUGAGAAGAAAGGUUUGGAGAAUCCCACGUUGUAUAGAACAUUUACUGCUGGUGGUGGACUUGAAGUCAGACAGUAUUUUGAAUGUGAUCCUCCUUCAUCAGACCUGGAUCAGGUGGAACUUCCGAUCUUGUGCGACGGUCUGCGUAGGUACCUGCAGGACCUUCCCCAGCCCAUCAUCCCCACAGCAUUAUACACUCAAAUGGUCCAGACCGCCAAAGAGGUGGUGAAUCCUGAGGAAUGUGCCCAGCUGCUACGUCGCAUCGCCAGCACCCCGAGCCUGCCCUCCCAAUAUUGGCUAACCCUCCACUGUCUGCUAAGGCAUUUCGCUAGGGUGUGCCAAAACAGCUCCAAGAACCUGCUCUCUGCCAGGGCGCUGGGCGAAAUCUUUAGCCCCGUGUUUUUCAGACAACAGGCCAGCAGUUGUGAACCCAGCCUGGAUGCUCACAUCAAGAUCAUUGAGGUUCUGGUAUCCAGUGAAUGGAGUGAAGGCCAGGCAGCUCCAGCUCUACCUCCAAAGCCACCCAAACCCACAACUGUGAGUAACAACGGUAUGAACAACAGCAUGGCUCUGCAAGACGCUGAAUGGUACUGGGGAGACAUCUCGAGGGAGGAGGUCAAUGAGAAACUGAGGGACACUGCGGACGGUACGUUUUUGGUGCGAGACGCCUCGACGAAAAUGCACGGAGACUACACCCUGACUCUGAGGAAAGGAGGAAACAACAAACUCAUUAAGAUAUUCCACCGGGAUGGGAAGUACGGCUUCUCGGACCCUCUGACCUUCAGCUCCGUCGUCGAGCUCAUCAACCACUAUCGCAACGAGUCGCUGGCUCAGUACAACCCCAAACUAGACGUCAAACUGCUUUACCCCGUCUCCAAACACCAGCAGGAUCAGGUGGUGAAAGAAGACAACAUUGAAGCUGUGGGGAGGAAGCUCUGCGAGUACCACCAGCAGUACCAGGAGAAGAACAAAGAGUACGACCGAUUAUAUGAAGAAUACACCAGAACGUCACAAGAAAUCCAAAUGAAAAGGACAGCUAUCGAAGCCUUUAAUGAAACUAUAAAGAUCUUUGAGGAGCAAUGCCAAACACAAGAGCGGUACAGCAAAGAGUAUAUCGAGAAGUUCAGGAGAGAAGGAAACGACAAGGAGAUCCAGAGGAUUGUGGGCAAUUAUGAGAAGUUGAAGUCCAGAAUAAGUGAAAUCGUAGACAGCAAACGUCGACUGGAGGAAGAUCUGAAGAAGCAGGCGGCAGACUACAGAGAAAUCGACAAGAGGAUGAACAGCAUCAAGCCAGACCUCAUCCAGCUCCGCAAGACCAGAGACCAGUAUCUCAUGUGGUUGACCCAGAAGGGCGUCAGACAGAAGAAGCUCAACGAGUGGCUCGGCAUCAAGAACGACAACACAGAAGAUCAAUAUUCUAUGGUGGACGAUGAUGAAGAUCUUCCUCAUCACGACGAACGGUCCUGGAAGCUGGGCAACAUCAACCGACUACAGGCGGAGGCUCUGCUCCAGGGCAAGAGAGACGGUACAUUCCUGGUUCGAGACAGCAGCAAAGCGGGAUGCUACGCCUGCAGCGUUGUCGUGGACGGUGAGGUGAAGCACUGCGUCAUCAACAAGACCCCCUCAGGUUAUGGCUUCGCCGAGCCGUACAACCUGUACAGCUCGUUAAAAGAACUCGUACUUCACUACCAGCACACGUCUUUGGUCCAGCACAAUGACUCUCUGAAUGUGACGCUAGCGUACCCAGUUUACGCCCAGCAGAGGCGGUGAGGACCCCCGGAUGUUUCCAAAAACGGACAGAAAAAGGCCUCAUGGGAGAUGGAGAUAACAUGUCAUUGGACUCAGUGAUUAUGACGUGGCUCUGUUGCCUAACACACAGACUUGAAAAUCAAGAGGAAAACAAAAAAAAAGACGCAAUAAAGCCUGAAACAUUUCAGUGACUUUGCUCGAGCCACCAGGAGCAAGCGGCGAGUCUGAAUGUAGAUUUAUUUCUCUCUUUUUUUGCUUUUUGUGGGAGCACAGAAAAAUCAAGCGGAAACUGCUGAGCUCUCCCCCAGCGGAGGACAUUUGAGGCCUUUUCCUAAUGGUGCUUGUUAUUUUUUCAAAGCUUUACCAGCCGGAAAGUCUAAUCGCAGCAGAUAAACUCUUCAAAUGGAACUGAACCCACCGGCCACAAACUUUGUUGUUCCACUUUUGUUUUUUUUUCCCUUUCACGUCAUCUACGUAUGUGUGUUGUGUGUGUGUGUGUGUGUUUCUGCACAAGAGUUUUUGUGUAAGUGGCUGUGAGUGUUUGUGUGUUUGUGUUUGUGUGUGUGUGUGAUUGUGUGUGAUUGUGUGUGUGUGAGAUUGUGUGUGUGUGUGUGUGUGUGUGUGAGUGUGUGAUUGUCCAUGUGACCAAAACUCAUAGAAUCAGGAAACUGUGUGACGUCGGAGGCUGUCUAACACAUUUGCUUGUGUUAACUGAUCAGUAGCAGACCAUGGAUCAGCUGAUAAAUGUAGCAAAAUGGCACUUUUUAAACAAAGUUUAAUUUUUUGUUUCUUUUUUUUUUUUUGAAAAAGACUCCUAUGGACUUUUAUCAGAAGCGCAGAGAGGACAAGAUGUCUGCAUUCUGCCUUCUUAAACUGUCGAGUUUGACGCUCAACAGAAGCGCAGAAGUAAACUUGAUCUUUACUGUGGGCAGGUGAAACUAUGAAUGGACUUAAAACUAUUUCAUGUACAUAUGUGAAAAUGUGCAAAAGUCAUGAAUCAAAGUGCACCAUACCAAAAAAAGAUCAGUUCCUGUUUAGUUAUCUUCUGAUCUGCUAUGCAAUUCUUUCUCCAUUAUUUCUUCAGAAUUGUGUUUUUAUUCUGUUGCAACCCACAAUAUAAGCUUGUUUUAUUGCUUGAAAAGUAUCUUUUCCUGUGUAAAUAUCCAAGAGGAUAUUUUGUGUCAAAAUGCCAAGAUACAGUAAAAUGCUUAUGAUUUUUAAAAAGAAAUAAUAGUAACAUACACUUUAUUAUAAAUUACUUUAACAACUGGUAUAAAGAUGGAAAAGAUGAGUAUUUUAUUAGUCUUUUUUUUGCUUCAAACUAAUGUUCUUCUCAGGCAGAGCCUUUUGAGUAUUUGAGCUACUUCAGUCACAAGUACAUUUUCUUAGAGAGCUAAGCCUACAUGCAGUUCUUUGAACUUUGAACGGACAAAGAAAGUUCGAGCACUCAGAGAAUGGGAUGAUGGGAUACGUAUUGUACAAACCCUUAUCAACCCUCAUCACCACGAAAAACAACAGUAUAGAUUUAUUUUGUUAUAAAAUAUAUAUGUUCCCACAUAAGAAUUAUAUAAAAGCAGACUGGUGUUUUCAACAGAUGGAUAUUGUUAUUAAAAGAUCAAUAUACAUUGUCCACUUAGUAUUUUUCUGUAUCAGAAAAUGACUGUGUUUACAUGGGUGGAUCAGCUCAUUUCAGAUAGUCUAAUUUCAUAUUUCCAAACAACAGCAACAUGCCAGAGGAACCUGUGACAGAAAAAAAUGUUUUCUUACCCCAUCCUUACUCUAGCUUUUACAAGUCCAUGAUUCAAGUGAUUGGUACGUGUGUAAAAAAACAAAACACAAUGGACUGGUAAUAAAUAAUAAUAUCAGAGAAUAUUUGCUUGUUUUGUGUGUAAGGCCACCACAGCUUCAUGAAGUCUAAACUAUGUGAACAAUUUACAAAUUAGGUCACUUAAAAAGACUAAAUGUCUGCCAUUAAUAUUAUAUAUAUUUUAUUUUUCUUUGCAAUCAUAGAUCUACCUGUCAAAUUAUUUAGAUGUGAUAUUUUUUUUUCCACCCCCUCCCUCCAAAAUGUACUCAUGGUCAACUCAAGCUGUCAAGUAAAAAAAAAAUAGUUGUAAAAAAAAUAAAAAACUUAAACUUUAAUGUAAUUUUUUUGAUUAUUGCUUCGAUCAUCAUUGACAUGUCAAAAUUUCACUCUUUAAUUCUCACCACCACCAUUUGUGAAAACGUGUGUGUGUGUGUGUGUGUGUGUGUGCGUAAACAGCAGCGAGACUCAUGAAAGGACACAUUUGAUUAUCGUCCCUUUUUAGAAAGAAAUAAACCACAGGAUAAGAUUUGUAGCAUGAAAAUCAUUAUUUUUAAUUAAUUUCAUAUUAUCCUCAGCCCCACAUGGCAGGACUGUCGUACAGCAGGGUAAAAAAAAAAAACCUACUGUACACAACACAAGCGUAAAAUGUGUUUUUUUAGAUGUUUCCGACCAAAUUACUCAUCAAGAUUAAAUUCUUAGCACAUUGAUAUUAACUGUCAUGUAACUUUUAGGUUUUACGGUUCUAUAAAGGCCGCUAACAGAUGUCAUGGAUACUAGAUCUGUCAUAUCUGACAUUUAUUUUACUAGAAGAAGCCUGAUCUUUAUUUACCUCCCCAUCUGCUGCUGGCAUGAACU